GGUGCGGGCGCCGCAGUGUCUGAGCUGCAGGCCUGCGGAGCUGGGCUUUAAAUCAGCGCCCGGGCGCGGGUGGGUGCAGCCGCAGGGGCUCGCGGCCCGGCCGGGCGGAGCAAGCGGGGAGAAGCGCAAACGCCCUAAGUCGCUCCCGCCUCGGCUGCUCGCGCCGCUGCCACCGACCCCGAGCCAGCAUUGUCUUCAAUGUCAAAUCUAGGCGUUAGCCGGCGAACCCUCGGGAUGGAACAACCCGGGGCCCCAGGAGCCCCGGCUUCGUAGGGGGCCCGCCUCCUUACCCCCGGGUCCAAGUGGGCGCCGCCGCCCGGCUCGCAGGGGAAGCCGUGCCCCCCCGCCCCCAGCGCAGCCACAGCCGCCUCCCCCUCCCCUCCCGCAGCCCCGGCCCCUGCAGCGACUUGGCUCGGGCGAGCCUCCCUGCGCCUGCCAACUGUCACACUCCUCCUCCGAGGCUGUCAGCACGGGACGCCGGGUGCAAGCAAUCCGGCGGCGACUGCAAACAGCUUGGGCUGGGGUGUCGUUUGACCCGUGCAGAAUUAGAAAUUGGGUCUCAAAAGAAGCGAAAUCGGACUGCCAUGUUGCACUUUUAAAUGUCCACUGUACUAAGCCACCUACUUUUCAGUCCAGCUUUAGGACCUCCGGUGGAUACCAAUGGCAGGACCAGAAACGCGAAACUCCUGGUCCAGCUCUGGAACCUCACGUCCACGUGCUAUAACGACGCCUGGGCCGCAGAGGCCUCCCCGCGGUCCCUGGGAGUCCGCAAGCUCUACCCAGCCCUGGCCACAGUCCUCUUGCACGGUCCUUGCCCAAGGAGGAGUCCUUUGCCUGCGAUCUGCCUCUCAAGAAUGCAAGUUCCAUGAAGGCAGGGUCAUUGCCUUUUUAAGGGCUGUAUCCCAACCCAAGCUGCCAGCACAGACUGUCGGUCAGAAACAUUGUGGGAUACCCACGGUGCCCGGAACACCAAAGAGAACUGAGAAAAACAAAGCGGGAGAGACCUGUCAGGUGGAUUCCUUGCAGAAGCAUGAACCUGAAAUGACAUAUAGAAAGAAAGAAAGAAAAAGAAGAAAGAAGAAAGAAAGAAAGAAAGAAAGAAAGAAAGAAAGAAAGAAAGAAAGAAAGAAAGAAAGAAGAAAGAAAGAAAAAGAAAGAUGGCAUAAUUCAACAGAGGUGAGGUAUGAACUUUGAAGUGUGGGAAAUUGGGGACACCUGGGUGGCUCAGUGGUUUAGCACCUGCCUUCUGCCCAGGGUGUGAUCCUGGAGACCCGAGAUCGAGUCCCACAUCAAGCUCCCGGCAUGGAGCCUGCUUCUCCCUCUGCCUAUGUCUCUGCCUCUCUCUCUCUGUGUCUCUCAUGAAUAAAUAAAUAAAAUUUUUAAAAAAGAAGUGUGGGAAAUUAUAUGUGUAAAUACCCAACAGUAAGAAUUAAUUAAUCGUGUACUGAGAAUAAAAAACUGGCUUCCUGACUUCAUCUGGGAACGUAGUAGAAGAUGAAAACUUUUGGAGAAAAGAGAAAAAAUUAGCAAAAGAUCUUGAAGUUAGGAUUGCGAAGUAAAGUUUGCAGAGGUGAUUGAGACACAGAAAUUCUUUUUACUUUGUCAGAUCUACAUUUCUCAUACUUUCUAGCCAUUUCUCCCUAUGAAUAUUGGAAAUUUUUCUCAAUUUAAAUCCUGAACAAAUGAUCUGUGUAUACUCCUAACUUCCUGAUACAAUGUUAGGCAUCCAUAACUUUAUUUAUGACAAAUCAAUACUACACAGUCAAUACUGAAAACCAAUUUCCAUCCUAAGGAGGCUCUUAUGUAAAAGUGUUAGGCAUUUGCACAUUGUUGAAAAUAAAUUAUUGCUUCUUGGAAUAUGCAUAGACUAAAUACCCUGACUGACCUUUUUACUGAGAAUAAUUAAAAACAUAAAAUUAAAAAAAAAUUAAGGGAUCCCUGGGUGGCGCAGCGG